CCAUGGAGCUCAGUGUCCUCCUGCUCCUUGCUCUGCUCACAGGCCUYUUUCUUCUGCUGGUCAGGGGCCACCCAAAGGCCCGUGGCCGCCUCCCGCCAGGCCCCCGUCCUCUGCCCUUCUUGGGGAACCUUCUGCAGCUACAGAGAGGAGGCUUGCUCAAUUCCUUCUUGCGGCUUCGAGAGAAAUAUGGGGAUGUGUUCACCGUGUACCUGGGACAAAAGCCAGUGGUCAUGCUGUGUGGGACAGAGGCCAUACGGGAGGCCCUGGUGGACCAAGCUGAGGAUUUCUCUGGCCGGGGGAAAAUAUCUAUAGUUGAUCCAGUCUUCCAGGGAUACGGUGUGAUCUUUGCCAAUGGAGAACGUUGGAAAACCCUUCGGAGAUUCUCUCUGGCCACCAUGAGGGACUUCGGGAUGGGAAAGCGRAGCAUUGAGGAACGGAUUCAGGAGGAGGCUCAGUGUCUGGUGGAGGAGCUGAGGAAAUCCAAGGGGGCCCUCGUGGACCCCACCUUCCUCUUCCAGUCCAUCACCGCCAACAUCAUCUGCUCCAUCGUCUUUGGAGAACGCUUCGACUAUAAAGACCGAGAGUUCCUGCGGCUGCUGGACAUGUUCUAUCAGUCAUUCGCACUGAUCAGUUCCUUCUCUGGCCAGGUGUUUGAAUUAUUCUCCGACGUCCUGAAGUACUUUCCGGGCACCCACAGGCAAGUCUACGAGAACCUGCAGGAGRUCCUCACCUUCAUCGGCCACAGUGUGGAGAAGCACCGAGCAACCCUGGACCCCAGC